UUAAGGCGGGAGAUUUAAAAAUGAGCACUUUCCACGGACAAAUAAAAGAAAUACCCGGAAUAAGCGUGGAUCGAUUUAAUGAAGAAAAUUUGAACUCUUGGGUGUACUUUUUGUCACACUGUCAUACCGAUCAUAUGGUAGGAUUAUCCAGCUCAGUUUUUAAGGACAGACUUGCUGACAAAGGGUUGUAUAUUUAUACCAGUCCGAUUUCAAAAGUUAUUUUAACACGUCUACAUCCAGAUUUGGAGGGAUCUAUUAAAGAACUUGUUUUGGAACAUCCCACUACAGUUUCCAUAGGCGAUUUUAGGGAUGUUUCUGUAACGUGUGUUCCCGCAGGACACUGUCCAGGAUCUGUGAUGUUCCUUUUCGAGACUAAAACAUCCCGAGUUCUUUAUACAGGGGAUUUUCGAAUUAGUCCGUCUGAUAUUAAAAAAUUCAGAUGUUUUUAUGAUAUUUUCGAUAAAGUAAAGAGUAUAGAUAAGGUAUAUUUGGACACGACGUUUUUUAUGCGAAAAUACACAUCGUUUCCGAAAAGAGAGCAUAGCUUAUUUCAAGUAUGCGACCUUAUAUCCAAGUGGAUAUCCAUGGAUAAGGAUAACGUGGUUAAGAUUUUUCUAGUAGCUAACUAUGGAUACGAAUACUUGUUUAAAGAAAUCUAUAAUACUUUAAAAAUGCCUGUUCAUGUAGACUCCAAUAAAUAUACAUUUUGUUCCAUGAUACCAGAACUGGAUAAAUGCGUUACAACUGAUAGCGAAAUAACUCAAAUACAUUGCUGCAGUUUGAGGGGUACCCUCGCUUGCAAGGAGUUCAAAUUGGAGAAUAUCAGGAUGAUCAAAGUCUCAGCUUACAGAUGGGAGAAUUUUGAUUCGACCAAUGAAAAUUCAUAUGAACUUGACAGUUUGGGUAAUUUUUACGUGUGCUAUUCCACUCACGCCUCGUAUGAGGAAAGUAUGGCUUUGAUUGAGUUCAUUAAACCUAAAGAAAUUCAUGUUUGCGUGGAAAGAGACCAUCCAUCAGAGACUGUAGAAAUUUAUAAAUUGGUUGAGGAAACUCUUAAUAAAAUUCAUGGAAGAAAUAAACAUGAAGCAGCAAAAGAAGAGGUGAAACUUUUUGAAGUUAAAGAACUGAGUUUGGAGCAAAAGGAAGCUCUAGAGGAACCGCCUUGUAAGAAAAAAUAUUCUGGUGUUCUGGAUUCUCCUCCUAGAUGAUGAAGAAGUUGACCAAAAAAAUCAAAUAUUAUAUGCACUUAAAAAUGUGAUAUUUUUGAUACAAAAACAUUUUUUAAAAGCUAAAUAUUUUUAUUAAACUUAUUUAAUUUUAAUAUUAUCCUACAUAUCAACUAAUUGUAUAGGUUUUCUCGCGUAAAUGCUCUUUGUUUUGACAUCUUGUAUGGUAACCAAUUUGUUAAAAAAAAAUAACUAGGUAGUAAAUAUAAAAAUAUCUUCUGGGGGCUUAUCCCGUGACUCUUUAGUAAAUUAAUUUUUGAAUUUUAUACAGUUUUAAAUAAAACUUCAAUAAAAUUAUAUUUUCUUUGAAUUAAUCUGAACUAUAAGUCCGGCUUUGUUUUUACUCUACCACAUAAUAUUUAAAAAAAAUCAAUUUUAAUUGUUAUAGCCGAUCGUGUUUUACCAUUUUGGGAAAAAUUACGCGAAAAGAACUAUACUUAUUGGGGAAAUCGAGACAAGAAGAAUUAUUACAGUUGAGGGUUGGAACCUUUGGUGUUACACAGCAAAAUAAAAACACUAAAUCACCACAAUACACCAAAACACUUUUACUUUUACACUGG